AAGACUGAAGCCCAUACGAGAGACACCACCAGCGGUGGCGACACGAGUGCAUUUUACGCACUUUUAUUUUUUGCUACUUCCCACGCAUAUAAGUUUAUUUACUCGGCCACCUCGAGUGUUUCGAGCGAUAGAAAUACGAUUAGCGGCAAUAUCGGGCUUCGUUUGCUUCGACUUCGGCUCGGCGGUGGAAGAUUUCAGCAAGGCGCGGGGCGCUCACACUUCGGAGCGCGGCGCGUCCGGCACUGUCGGCGAAACCGCCCGAUUUUGUCGUCCCUGGGGGUUUUACGCGUACACGGACGGAGACGGAUAUGCGCUGAGCUUCGACGAACGAGGCGUCUCUUGGAGCGAAGUUCCCCCCGCUCGGUGUACACGGGCUCAGGGACGGGCUCCGUUUUCUUGCGCGUCUUCAACACCAAGGGCGAACUUGCGCUUGGAGGAGGGAGCGCCGAGCGCUUCCAGCAGUGCGCGGAACUGCGGAGACCUGUGGCUCAACGCCUGCUUCUUUGGAGCACACCUACAAGCGACUGAACUUUGGCAGCCUAACGGAAUCGGGAAAAACGCCAGCUUCGUUAGCGAUGAUGAAUGGUUUAAUCUAGAUUUUGGACCAGUAAACCGACACGGGCAGUAGUACUGGAUUUGGCACAGUGGCCCCUCGCUGACCGGGGGAUGAGUAUUGCGAGCGGUAGGCCUUACCCCACUCGGGUGCCUCUUUACUGGCGCUGUGAGAUUUGUUUCUUCAUUUAGCGAAUGGACGUAGCAAAUUUAAUCGUAGCAAAAUAUGUCAACCGCGAAAAUGAGGAUUUGUGUUAAUUUAUUUUUUUCAAGAAUACAAGAUCAUUUUAUUUAACGGUGAAUUCAAAUGUGCUGCAUAGCCCGCAACAAACUUUGAUAAGACACUAUAAUAAAUAUUUCAAACACGCUGUGCCCCGGUGCGUGGCUGGGACGGUCUGGUAGAACUUUACAGUGGAUUCCUCUAUUUUUUUAACAUUUUUUUUUGGUUAAGCACACAUUUUCUAUUUGAAAGCCUCACGAACGGAUAAAAUUUUCCAGCAAGAAAGGAAACGUGCUGCGAGUCACCAUGCGACUGGAUCCAUCGACUGUUGUUUUGGUCACUUUUAUCUGCGUUUUGUGCCAUUGCGGAUCGCUAAAUGGUGAAAUCUGCAGUAGCAAGGACAUCCGCAACAACGUGACCAACCUGCACUCGCUGGAGAACUGCACGGUGAUCGAGGGCCACCUGAAGAUCCUCCUGAUGUUCAAGACGCAGGCCGAGGACUUCCGCGCCCUCUCCUUCCCCAAGCUCGUGCUCAUCACCGACUACCUGCUGCUCUUCCGCGUCUACGGCCUGGAGAGCCUGGGCAGCCUCUUCCCCAACCUGGCUGUCAUCCGUGGCAAUGCCCUGUUCUUCAACUACGCCCUGGUGAUGUUCGAGAUGCUCCAGCUGAAGGAGGUGGGCCUGCGCGGCCUGGUGAACAUCACACGCGGCGCCGUGCGCCUGGAGAAGAACCCGGACCUGUGCUACCUCUCCACGCUCGACUGGUCCAAGAUCCUCGACUCGGUGGAGGACAACUAUGUCGUGGCCAACAAGAACGAGCGCGAGUGCGGCGACAUCUGCCCCGGCACCAUCGCCGGCAAGAUCACGUGUGUCCAGACCACCAUCAACGGCCACUUCGGCGAGCGCUGCUGGAACCAGGACCACUGCCAGAAAAUCUGCCCGGCUGCGUGUAAGCACCGUGCCUGCACCCCCAGCAAUCGGUGCUGCCAUGACCAGUGCCUGGGGGGCUGUUCGGAGGCGGGGAACGCCAGCGCCUGCCUGGCCUGCCGCCACCUCCUUCACGGCGGGACAUGCGUGGAGCGCUGCCCGCCCGGCUACUACACCUUCCAGGGCUGGCGCUGCGUCUCCUUCGACUUCUGCCAGGGCCUCCACAACCAGUGCAAGCAGGCCAAGUCCAACCACUGCCACCAGUACGUCAUCCACAGCGGAGCUUGCGUGCCCGAGUGCCCCUCCGGCUUCACCAUCGUGGACUCCACGCUCAACUGCACGCCCUGUACGGGGCUCUGUCCCAAGCUGUGUACGGGUGUGCAGACGAUCGACUCUGUGACGGCGGCCCAGGCCCUGCGCGGAUGCACAGUCCUCAACGGCAGCCUGCUCAUCAAGAUCCGCGGUGGCAAUAACAUUGCAGCCGAGCUGGAGGCCAAUCUGGGUCAGCUGGAGGAGAUCACGGGCUACCUGACCAUCCGCCGAGCCUACGCCCUCGUCUCCCUCUCCUUCCUCCGCAAGCUCCGCCUCAUCCGGGGCGAGACGCAGGAAGUUGGGAACUACUCCUUCUACGCGCUGGACAACCCCAACCUGCGGCAGCUGUGGGACUGGUCCAAGCACAACCUGACCAUUCUGCACGGCCGCAUGUUCUUCCACUACAACGCCAAGCUCUGCCUGUCUGAGAUCCAGAGGAUGGAGCAGGUGACGGGAACGAAAGAGCGCAACACCAAGACCGACAUCGCUGUCCGCACCAACGGAGACCAAGCGUCCUGUGAAAACCGGCUGCUCAGGUUCACCCAAAUCCGCACGAUGUCCACGAAGAUCCUCAUCGUGUGGGAGCCGUUCUGGCCGCCGGACUUCAGAGACCUGCUGGGUUUUAUGGUGCUCUACAAGGAGGCCCCGUAUAAAAACGUGACCGAGUUCGACGGGCAGGACGCGUGCGGCUCGAACAGCUGGGUGAUCACGGACGUGGAGCCGCCUCAGCGCGCCACCGACGGUAAGAAGCAGGGGGACCCCGGCUGCAUCCUGAUGCCUCUCAAGCCCUGGACCCAGUACGCCAUCAUGGUGAAGACGCAGCUUUCCGUGUCUGACGAGCACCAGGUCAACGGGGCCAAGAGCGAGAUCAUCUACGUCCGCACCAACGCCACACGUCCGUCUGUGCCACUGGACCCCAUCUCCUCUUCCAACUCUUCGUCCCAGAUCAUCCUCAAGUGGAAGCCGCCCACCGACCCCAACGGCAACAUCACCCACUACCGCGUCUCCUACCAGAAGCAGGAGGAGGACAGCGAGCUCUACAAGUUCGACUACUGCCAGAAGGGCAUGAAGCUGCCGUCCCGGACCCCCACACACUAUAGCACGGAGGAGGAGAAGCGGUGGAACCAGACGGAGGAGCAGAGCCCCACCAGCAGCUGCUGCGCCUGUCCCAAGACGGAGACGCAGCUGAAGAAGGAGGCCGAGGAGACGGAGUUCCGCAAGACCUUCGAGAACUACAUCCACAACGAGGUCUUCGAGCCCAAACCCUCCCGCCGUCGUCGAUCGCUGGGCGUGGCCAACUCCACCCAGCCUGCCGUCCUGGCCACGCCCCCGACCUGGCCCUACGGCUCCACCCCCACCCUGGGGCCGGAGGAAGAGGAGAAGAGGAAGGUGGUGCUGACCGUCAGCUCCAAGGAGUCCAUCGUCAUCUCCCAUCUGCACCACUUCACCAGCUACCAGAUCGAGAUCCAGGCCUGCAACCACCCCACAGAGCUAGCCUACUGCAGCAUGGCCACCUACGUCAGCGCCCGCACCAUGCCAGAAGAAAAAGCCGAUGACAUUGUAGAGCUAGUGUCCUACGAGAUCCUGCCGGAAGAGCCCGAGUUUGUGUACAUCAGGUGGGCGGAGCCUAAAGCCCCCAAUGGAAUGAUCAUCCUGUACGAGAUCAACUAUCAUCGCGUCUCUGACAAUGAGGAGCUGCAUCACUGUGUGUCUAGGAUCAGCUACGAAAAAACUGGCGGGUGCAAAUUGAGAGUGGGGCAUCCUGGGAACUACAGCGUCCGGAUCCGAGCCACCUCUCUGGCGGGCAACGGUUCCUGGACGGAGCCCACAUACUUCUACAUGCCAGACAAUUACAUGAACCUGAAGAUCAUCAUCAGCCCCGUCAUCAUCUUCAUCAUCCUGCUCUUCAUAGGAGGCGGAGCCUUUGUGGUGCUCAGGAAGAAGCAAACCGAGGGGCCGACCGGUCCCCUGAUCGCCUCCUCCAAUCCAGAGUACAUAAGUGCCAACGACGUGUACGUUCCCGAUGACUGGGAGGUGCCCCGUGAGAAAAUCGCUGUUCUGCGUGAGCUGGGCCAGGGCUCUUUCGGCAUGGUGUACGAGGGCAUUGCCAAGGACAUCGUAAAGGGCGAGCCAGAGACGCGCGUAGCUGUGAAGACGGUCAACGAAUCGGCCAGCCUGCGGGAGAGAAUCGAGUUCCUCAACGAGGCCUCGGUCAUGAAGGCCUUUAGCUGCCACCACGUGGUGCGUCUGCUAGGGGUGGUGUCCAAAGGACAGCCCACGUUGGUGGUCAUGGAACUGAUGACCCACGGAGAUCUGAAGAGCUACCUGCGUUCUCUCAGACCUGAUGCUGAGAAUAACCCCGGGCGGCCUCCGCCUACCCUGACGGAGAUGAUCCAGAUGGCAGCGGAGAUUGCUGAUGGCAUGGCCUACCUCAAUGCCAAGAAGUUUGUGCACAGAGAUCUGGCUGCUAGGAACUGCAUGGUGGCCGAGGACCUUACGGUGAAGAUCGGAGAUUUUGGCAUGACUCGUGACAUUUACGAGACGGAUUAUUAUCGUAAAGGGGGCAAAGGUCUGCUUCCUGUCCGGUGGAUGGCACCCGAGUCUCUGAAGGAUGGCGUGUUCACGGCUCACUCAGACUGCUGGUCGUUCGGCGUGGUGCUGUGGGAGAUCAGCACGUUGGCCGAGCAGCCUUACCAAGGCCUGUCCAACGAGCAGGUGCUGAAGUUUGUGAUGGAUGGCGGAUACCUGGAGCGGCCCGAGAGCUGUGCCGAGAGGAUGCACAGCCUGAUGCAGAUGUGCUGGCAGUACAACCCGAAGAUGAGGCCCACGUUCAACGAGAUCAUCGAGAUGCUCAAGGACGACCUCCACCCCUCCUUCCAGGAGCUCUCCUUCUUCUACAGCGAGGAAAACAAGCCCCCGGAGAGCGAGGAGUUCGAUCUGGACUUUGAGAACAUGGAGAGCAUACCACUGGACCCCUCGUCCUACUCCCAGAGGGAGGACGGCUUUAGCAGAGACAGCGGCCCCUCCCUGGGUCUCCGGGGCAGCUAUGAGGAGCACGUGCCCUACACACACAUGAACGGUGGCAAGAAGAACGGACGGAUCCUCUCCUUGCCCAGAUCCAGCCCAUCCUAACAUUUCCUAGUGUUUCAGCUUUCUGCAGCGUUAUUGUUGUUUUUGGUUCUUCUCAGUUGUUUUUAAUUGAGCUGUCUGUGCAGAUGCCCUUAAAACACAAAUCUCAGGUCGUCUUUUUUCCUUUUCUUUGAGACUUCCUUCCCGCUACCAAGGUGCGGCGUUCUGGAUUCAGACACUUUCUCCCGAGAUCCAGACCGGCGCCUGCUUUUAUCCUCCUUUUUUGUUUGUUUGUUUGUUUGUUUUGUUUGUUUAAUUUCUCUUUUGCCAAGUUUCCUGUUCGAUGGAGAAAAAAAAAAAAAUCAAAACUGUGAAUAUGAACCUCUGAUGAGCAAAAGCUGCUGCAGCUCCCCUUCCCAGAGUUCUCCUCUCAUAGCCCUGCCUCCCCCGAGGGUUCAUCCUCGGUGCUUUAUUUUUUUAAACUGAAAACCUUUUUAGAUCGUGGCCUUUUUUGCUAGUGGCCUGCAAACAAAAAAACAGGCGUCUCCGAGUUCCUGUCUGCGUGUCCUGAAAUCUGACUAACGGGUCACAUCCGAGGGACGGUGCGCACACUCUUCUGAGAACAAACGGCGUUGCUGCACCAAGGCAGCACGUGGGGUUCUCCGGGAGAAUUCCUGACGGUACGCCACUAGGUCUGCUGAAUGAGUCAUUUAUUUACUUCCUUUCAUUUUUCAAUUCUCUCAGUUUUUACUCGGAUCCUUUUUUUUUUUAUGACUGAAGGAUAUUUAAACAGUUAUGGAUGGACAGAUGUGUUCCUCAGACUGACCAAAAGCUGCUGCUUUCAUAUAUAAUGGGUAUAAAUAUAUAAUAUAUAUGAUAUAUAGAAUAUUGAUGGGUGUCAAUAUUUUGUCUAUAACACAUGCAACAUUUGAAAUUUUGUACAUAGUUCAUUUUUUUUCUGUCUUCAUCAGAUAUAUUUUUUCUGCAGUUACAGUGUUUGCUUCAUUUGUUUAAUUUUAAAGGUUCACACGCCCAAAGCAAAUUCACUACCCAUCUUUUAAAUUGACACACAAGUAGUAACAGUAUGAUCUGCAGGGGGUGCUAAUUUGGAGAGAGAGGGAGAGACAGUUGGCGACCCGUCCUCACACAAGGUCUCCUCCUCUCCGGUUACCCUCAGCAGCUGGCCUUUCUGACUUUGUGCCAUGGACGAUGUGAGCUAGCUGACGAGGUGAACCAGGUCUCUAUGGAUUUCUCUCUUUAUACAUCUGAGCUUAGCUGGACACCUUUUGAAAAGUUUUCAAUGGCUCCAGGGUAGUACUCUCAAGUCUAGAGAGGGAUAACCGGACAGCUGGCUAUAGACGUGUUCAAAGUUGUUCGUUUUAAGGGGGAUCAAAAAAAAAAAACAAAAAAAAAAACCCAGACCGGCUUCUCGUGUCUAGCCAUUAACUUUUGUGUGUUGACCCAUGGGUUUUCACUCCGAGCUGAGUCCACUCUCACCUCAGUAUGGGCUCAGAAACUUCAUCACCGUGUUCAUACGACUGUACCUCACCAGCUGGUCCAAACCGGAAGCCACCGACGGACUGGGCUAGUGGUACAGCAUCUCUGAAGACCAUGCAUGUGUACAUCAGUCAUGGGGCUGGACAGCACUAAUAUAGCACAUGAUGUGGUUUAGCUAGACCACUUGGCAGAGCUGAAAACAUUCCACUGUGCUCUCUCUAGAUUUCUCAACUAAACCCAACCUCUUCACAGCAUGAUGUGGCAAUCGCUUUGUCUGGAAACUAAAUGACACUGCUUCUCGGAUAACGCUGAGAAGUUUCUGCUUGUCUCUGUAAGAUCCAGCAAGCUGUGGGCGCGGUUGCGUCCGUAUGGGUGUCCAGAUGACAGUUAACAGAAACGCAUGAUUUGACUUUUUUAUAUAUAAAAUCAUUACAGCUCUGGCUUUCAUUUUCGUUUCUUUUUGUUGUUCACAGCCUUCCCGAAGGUCGGAGUAUGUGCUCCGGCCCCUGUGUCGAGAGCAGGGUGCUUCAGCUCCUGUCCGCUCGAUGCCGUCCAGCAGUGGUUAGGUGACACUGGACACACGUUUGCAGUGUUUAUUGGUGUUAGGAGAGAGUGUUGAGAUGGAUCAGGAGCCAGGAAAGAUCAGCCAAAAUGCUAGCACUGCUGAUAAUGAAUAAAGCUAGCAGGGUCUUCGCAUUACUAGGCUAGCUUUCUUUCAUUUACAUUAGGGUGUUUGGCUCGACUCUCCCUUAGCCAAUACUGUACAGCACCAGUUAACCAAACGUAUAUACUUGUUUUGGCCAGACCAUUUCUACUUUUCCCAGUGUCACUGGCUACAUCUGACAUCUAGAAACAAUGAAUAUCAUGUUUCCAAAAAACAGGAAGAAAAGCUUCCUCUUAGCUCUCCAUACUCUGUUGCUGUGGUGUUGUAUGCAGUUUUCUACCAUAUAUUUAAAAUGGCCGAUAUUUUAUUAUUAUAAUCAUUAAUGUAAACGCCUGCUAGCUUUUAUCGUAAGGCUGUUUGUUUUUCUUCCUCACUAUUAAAGGUGGGUAAAUCUGUGUCCCCCUCCCACAGAGAGAUACAGAAUGAAUGAUGAACAGGCAGUCUGUACAGUCAUGGUAAUUUCUUUUGUAUGUGGACACAGUCUACCUCAGUACUUUUUUUUCACAAUAUUGUAGGGCUGUGCGUGUGUGUGGGUGGGUGUGUAUAUGUGUAUGUGUCGCUGUCCAGCGCCCGGUAUUUCACAAAUGACAUUCUAGCAAGGUGUUCUAGUCAUCCUGAAACACGAACUCGGUCUGUUGGAGUGAUUGUCACAUGCGUUGUCCAGAGGUCAUUGUAAUUCCAAAAUCUUAAUAUUUAGGAUACUCUGGAUCCUGUUAGUUUUUAAAAUGUAUUUAUUUAUUUAUUGGGGGGGGGGGGGGGGGGGGGGG